AUACUAUCAGAAGAUGCAGCUUCAGGGGGAACAGCUGAAAAACAUUGCGGAUUCUCAAGCUGAGAAAAUUCCUUUGAAAGAGAUUGAAGUGGAUCAGCUGCAUCGUCAAGUCGCAGCUUCCAGGCGUAUAGUGGAACUGCAAGCCAAGAUCACGAGACUUACGAGCGAAUUAGCUUGGGCGUAUAUACGGGACAAGGAAACGGUUCGUACAGGAGAGCUCGAGGACACAGUGAAGAAGCUGGGGGAGAUCAAGCAGAAAGUAGAUGCGUUUGCAGACAAAGCAAAACAGGCUGAGGAUGAAUUCAAAUCUCUGGAGGCCUACGAAGCUACCUUUGGAGCAAAAGAAGGAGUCGGCCAAAACCAAGUUGGGACAGGCACAGACGAUCCUUCGUCAGGCAAAUACCGACAUUACGAAGACUGAACGGACUAUCGCAGCCGAAAAGAAGAGUAUUGCACAGCUCGAGCAGGAGAUUGCGAAGAAGCAGGCCGAACUGAACCAGGCCGAGACGGACGCUCAACGAGACGCUCGUCUGUCGUUGAAGAGACAUCAAGAUCUGUUGAAAAGGCUUCAGGAAGAUGCGCCUCGAAAGCUGAAGGCACUUGAAACGCUUCAAGCACAAGGACAAGUCAUCGACAGGGAGGUUGACGACCUUGUCGUCAAAAAGGGAUCGGUCGAGCAGAACAUUCGCAACAUCGAGGAUAGGAUCAAGAGACUCCGGGAACAAUCAGGCGAUCGUCUCAACCUCUUUGGGACGGGUCUUGACCGGGUUCGCCAGGCUAUCGAUCACCCAAGACAACCCUGGAAGGGGGGAAAGCCGAUUGGUCCACUGGGCAUGUACGUCAAUCUGGAGGAUCCCAUGUACAGAAAAGUGGCCUGCUCAGUCCUCGGAACCACUUUAUGUGGAUUUGCGGUGAAGCAUCCAGAUGACAAAGUUCAACUUCUCAGCAUACUUCAAAACGUCAGGGAAUACAAGCCAGGAUCUGGUUCGAACACGAAAAGCAUCAUCACUUACUCUGGAGACAGAUUUGACUACUCUCGCGGAAGCCUCAACCACCUUGCGCCAACUCUGCUAAGCAAGUUGCGUAUUGAGGAUGAGGAUGUUUUGCGCAUCUUGGUCAACCAGCAUAGGAUAGAGAGGCUGUUUGUGGCGCCUUCAGUCAAAGUGGCAAACGAGAAAACCGACGAGAUGAUGGCUCGGGGUUUGCCUGGUGCAGAAUUCGUCACCGCAGAUUGUUACCGUACGACGGCUAAUCAGGGCAAAGGCAAAGGGUCGACACCUCUUGAGGACUGGCGCGGAUCCCCACUUUUCUCCAAGAACAUGGCAGUUGAGAUCGCCGAUUUGGAGCAGAAGCGAGGCGCCGAAGUCGCAUCCGUCGAGCAAUACGACCGAGACUUCAAGGAUGCCAAAGCCCGACAGAAUGCAAAGAGGACUGAGAUUGCCGAUAUGCAGAAGGAGCACAGUCGAGCCAGAGUCGGUAUACAAUCUGCGGAGAAGACUAUCCACAGACUCGAGAGUCAGAUCGAAGAAAGACCAGAUGAUGCCAUAGGGGGUCUCGAGAUGGCUCGACAAGAGCACGAGCGGGUCCUCAAGGCUCGCGAAGACGAUCUCAAGUCAUUCCAGGCGGACCUUCCAGGAUACGAAGAGACAAUUCAGAAGUUGAGCAAUGAGUUCGAAGAUCUGGGCAGACAGAUCGCCGAAUUCAUUCCUGAAACUCAGAAGCGACAAGAUGCGGUGAACAUUGUCAAAGAAGCUCAGACCAAAGCUCGAAACGAGAUGAGACAGCAUCGAGAGAGUCACGCGAAUUUCAGAACCAGGCUACAAGAAAGAGAAGAUGAUCGGGAUCGCGCAGCAGCAGAGCUGAAAGACUGGGAGGUGCAGGCUCAGCGAAUCGAAGGAGAUCGAGUUAAUUCCAGGCGGACAAUCGAACAGAUCAAGAAGGAAAAGGAGGCCACCGAGAAGGCACGAAUCGAGGCUGAAAAACGGCAAGGCGUUUCCCUUGAAGAGAUCAUGCCCAGAUAUCAGAAGGCGAAAGACGAGCUCGCAGAACUGAAAAGACAGUUGGCAAACUUCCGCAGCGUGGCCAAUCAAGUCAAGCAGAUGUUCCGCACUAGGAUGAGAUGGUGGGAGUUGCAGAGAAACUCAAUCGCCAUCCGAGCCCGAACUCUCUUCAUUGUCAAUCUGCACAAGCGCAAUCUCGAGGGUAAACUACUGUUCGAGCACAAAAAGAAGAAGCUGGGUGUCAGAAUUCAAACGACUGGCAUUACCAAGAAGCGCGAUGCCGGUGGAGCUGAGGAGGCUCGUUUCAAGGUCCCCAAGAAUCUCUCUGGAGGUGAACGAUCAUUCUCCACAGUAUCACUCCUUCUGUCGCUUUGGGAUACAGCGUCAUGUCCCAUUAGAUGUCUCGACGAAUGGGAUGUCUUCCUGGACGCAGGGAACCGAGGAGUCGCUGCAAAGAUGCUGGUCGAAGGCGCGAAAGAAUCUCAAGGCAAGCAAUUUAUUUUGAUCACUCCUUUAGAUUUGCACGGUGUCAAAUGUGAUGGACCAGGCAACAAGCAGAUUCGACUGGACGACCCUGUUCGAAAUCAAGCUACAUUGUCUUUCGCACCGCAAACUGCAGACUGAGGCAAAUCCGCCGGCGUCAUGAGGUGUAUAUGUUGUAUUCUCGAGACUGGGACACCGACUACGAGCUCUGAUCUCUUUACGGAACAUAAUUGUGAUGACAGGCAAGGAUGCAUGGUUUACGAACGUGUGCUAUGCGAUAUCACAGAAAGCGAAUCUACAAAUGAUGUCUAUGACAAAAUCUCGAAAGUCUAAGAU